ACCCCGCACUCUCCACCCUCACUCUCGCCUCUUCCUGGAAAGCCUUUUUCUCUUAGAGACACUAAGGCGAGAGACCCGGGAGAGCUCGGGUGGUCCGGGAUGGAAGGCACAGUGACAAGGGCUCCCGCAGCCCGGCGCAAGGGUUCUAUCCGAGGUUCCGGCAAGACUCAGGCAGCACGAACCCGGGCUCCCCGCCGCCCCUCUCAGGCUGCCCCCGACCUUGCGGACGCCGCCCCAGAGAAGGGCUCCCACUCCAGUGGGUCGGAAUCUCUGAGGGAGAAGCAACCCCCUGUCCUCCAGGAGAAGGUCCUUGCCAGGGCCCCGGAGUCUCAGGCCACUAAGAAGAGGCUUCCCCACCCAGGGGACGGACAUACUCAGCGGGACGGGAAACCGGUCCUCAAGGAGGAUCGCCCCCCUGGAGACCUUACGCCCCUAUCCAACGGACCAGGAAUCUUGCCCAAGGAAAAGAAGGAUCCUGCGGACCGGGAGAAGGGAGUACCCCGCCUGAACUCCGCGGGCUGGAGGCCACAACGUGUAGUGGAGAAACUAAAGCUGCGGCGUCAGGAGACAUCCGUAGCCUGCGGGCUGGUGAACAAGAUCGUCGACCACCUGCAGCGGCGGCUGCCCCUCUACGACCCGGCCUUCGAGGGCAUUGCGACGCUGGGCACCGGCAGCUACUACGAGCAAGUGAAGAUUUCUGCUCCAAAUGAAUUUGAUGUCAUGCUUAAACUGAAAGUUUCCAGAGUUGAAUUAGAAGAAUAUGAUGACACUGGUGCUUUUUACUUUGUGAAGUUUAAAAGAAAUCCAAAAGGAAAGCCUCUGACCAGUUUUUUAGAUAAUGAAAUAUUAUCAGCUUCUAAGCUGAUGUCUCAAUUUAGGAAAAUCAUUAAGGCAGAAGUAAACAGUAUUAAAGACAUGGACAUUAUUGUGGAGAGAAAAAAGCCUACAAGCCCAGCAGUAACCCUCCUAAUUAGAAAACCCGAAGAAAUAUCAGUGGACAUAGUCCUAGCUUUGGAAUCGAGCAGCAGCUGGCCCCCAAGUACACAGGGGGGCCUAACAAUUGAAAACUGGCUAGGAAGAAAAGUAAAGGUGGAAUUUAAAUACAAGCCAGUUUACCUUGUACCUAAGCCUGCAAAGGGAGGAAAUGGUUCUCAAGCAAAUACAUGGCGGCUUUCCUUCUCACACAUUGAGAAGGACAUACUAAGAAAUCAUGGAAGUUCUAAAACAUGCUGUGAAAUGAAUGGAGUGCCGUGUUGCAGGAAAAAAUGUUUAAAGUUGAUGAAAUAUCUUCUUGAACAGCUGAAAAAAAAGUUUGAGAACCGGAAGGAGCUAAAAAAUUUCAAUUCUUAUCACAUGAAAACUGCUUUCUUUCACUUAUGUGCUCAGAAACCAGAUGACAAUCAAUGGCAAUUAAGAGACCUAGAACAGUGUUUUGAUAACUGUGUGACUUAUUUUCUUCGGUGUCUGCAGGUAGAACAACUUGUACAUUUUUUUAUUCCUAGAUAUAAUCUGUUUAGUCGUGACCUCAUUGGUAAAACCAGUCAAGUAUUUCUGUUAAGGCAAAUUGAAUUUCAAAGAAACAAUAUGUUUCCAGUAUUUGAUGAAUAAGAUUAUGCUUAGAAAAGAACCAAGACUUAUAGUUGCUGUCACCUUAAUAAAGUAAUUUCUGAAAUUGUAAUUUUAUAGGAUUUUCUUCUCAGAGAAUAGACAUAUUCUUCUUUUGGUAGAAUGGGGCAAAGAAUGGGGGGUAAAAAAAACAAAAAUCAAUAAAAGCUUAAA